AUGAAGGACACAGCCUCCAAACGUCUCAAUCAACUCUCCUCUCACCUAUCAACCGCCAACCUGCCACCAGACUACUCCGACGUCCUCUCCACCAUCACCACCCUCAAAGAAAUCGCCGCAACCCCCAACCCUUCUCACCGCGGCUACACGCGCCAGAAACAAGCCGGCAAGCUCUGGGUCCGCGAGCGCAUCGCCCAGCUCCUCGACCCCAACUCCUUCGAAGAGAUCGGCUCCGUCUCCGGCACCGUCACCUGGAAACCCACGGGUCCCACCACCGAGGUCCCCGAGUCGUUCACGCCGAGCAACAAUGUCCAGGGCUUCGGGCAGCUCAAGGGCCGGCGCGUCCUGCUCACAGCCGACGACUUUAGCAUCCGCAGCGGACACGCAGACGGCUCGACGGCCGACAAGACAAUCUACGCGGAGAAGCUGGCCAUCGCGCUCAAACUGCCCGUCAUCAAGCUGGUCGAUGGCAGCUCCGGCGGCGGCAGCGUGACCACCAUCCGCAAGGAAGGGUGGAGCUACCUCCCCUACGUGCGCAUGUACGCGCAGGUCGUCGAGCAGCUGAACAAGGGGAUUCCGAACCUGGGGGCUGUCGUUGGACCCGCU